AUGUCUGACUUCUACGUCAGGUACUAUACCGGCCACCAGGGCAAGCACGGCCACGAGUUCCUCGAAUUCGAGUACAGCAGGGGCCGCCUGCGCUAUGCAAACAACAGCAACUACCGCAAUGACAGCCUCAUCAGGAAAGAGAUGUGGAUCUCUCCGUUGAUGGUGUCGGAACUCAAACGAUUGGUCGAGGAGAGCGAAAUCAUGAAGGAAGACGACGCAAAGUGGCCAAAGAAGAACAUUGUCGGGAGGCAGGAGCUCGAGAUCCGGCUGGGCAACGAGCACAUCUCCUUCGAGACGGCCAAGAUUGGCUCGCUGGUCGACGUGCAGGACAGCGAGGACCCCGAGGGGUUGAGGGUCAUGUAUUACCUUGUCCAGGACCUCAAGUGCCUCAUCUUCAGCUUGAUUUCGCUGCACUUCAAGAUCAAGCCGAUUGGCUAG